AUGGACGAGAAUGAGCUGGUUGGCCCCGUGUCUCGGUCGAUGAGGCAGGGCAGGCAGCGGCAUGGUGCGUCGUUGGCACUGUGGGCGAUGCCGUGGUUUCAUGGAGACAUGGGCCAGAAGGAGGCAGGGGCCGUGCUCUUGGAGAACGGCGUAGAUGACGGCCUGUUCCUGGUGCGUGUCCCGCCAACCAAGAGCGCCUUUGUCAUCUCCGUCGCGCACCGUGGCCGCAUCCAGCACUUUCUGGUCAACGGCACUGAGCAAGGCUUGAAGCUGCCAGAGAACCCAGAUAUCACGUUCCCCAGCAUCGUGGAUGCAGUCAAGCACUUCAAGACGGCCCAGCACGGGCGCCCUGGUCCGCUGGUGCUCCCAUGUCCACGGCGGUCGCAGCAGCCGCAGUCGUCCUCAUCAGCGCAUGCCGCAAGUCAACCGUACACCGCUUCCAACUCAACAUCGCCAGCAACGGCACCAGCAACGUCAGCCAAGCCUGCAGCUGCUCGCAAGCCUGCGCCUUCAAGUCGAAGCACAGGCAACCAACAGGCAACCACCACGUCAAUGGGCUUGACCGGCAGACAAAAUCCGUUUGCCAGCGACCUGUUCCCCAUUCCAGCGGUGCCGUCGUCCGCCUCCACCCAGCGCUCCAACCCCCAUCGCCGAUCAGCACCACACAUUCCAAAUCCGUUCGCCGACCACGCAGCGGUACAGCGGCAACAACAGCAACAACAACAGCAACAGCAACAACAGCAGCAACAGCAACAGCAACAGCAACAGCAACAGUACAAGCAUCCAAAGGCGCUGCGGCGGGCUGCAUCUGUCUCUGCUGCGCAGCCAUCAUCGUCAUCAUCAUCGCCAGCAUCAGUAAUGCGCAGACAGCACGGCAGCGCACGUAUUGGUCAGCGGGGCAGUGCCCGCCGUUCCUCCUCCUCUUCACAACAGCACAGCACAAGGCAACAUGCACAGGAUCUUGGGCAACAGACUCGUGCAGGCACCAGACAACAGCAGCAACAGCAACAGCACCAUGUGCGACGGAGGGAAAGCGGAAGUGCGGGCCAGCGCCGCCUCUCGUCACCGCACCACCACCAGCACCAACACAGACGAAAGCAGAGCGAUCGCCAUGACGCAACAGCGGUGAUGUCACCACCAACAGUAGCAAGAUCGACAACAUUGACGUCGACAACACCCACAGCAUCAGGUGGCAGGGGAGCAGAAAGCGCUGCACUCAUGCCAGCAGAACCGCCACACACGGACGCGUCCAUUGUUCGCUCGUUCACCAUCUCCGAGCCCUUGCCAGGCGACGGCGGUGGUGUUGGUGGAGGUGGUGGUGGUGGUGGUGAUGCAGCGGUGCGACGAAAGGGGACACUGACUGGGCUGCAGUUUACCUCUGCCACAGAGAUUGCGCAAGGGCGGCGUUUCAACCCCUCUGGACGGGAGGUGCUCCUGUGCGAGGGAUACUUGACGAAACUUCGUGGCACUUUGCAGAACAAGGCGCGCUGGUUUGUGCUCACCUCCCACCGCCUCGCCUUUUACACCGCAAACGCUGGCUCGUGGCUGAGCAGUGUGAACGUGGAGGACAUUACGCGUAUCCAGGACGUCGGUGGACGCAAGUUCCGUGUCGUCACACGCGUGCAAUUCGGCGCACCACAGCAGUACGAUGUGUUGUUGGAAGCAUCAUCCACCGCUGCAAAGCAGAAGUGGCUGCGUGCAGUCGUGAUGGAUGCGAGUCAGAUGUCGGGCUUCAACUCCGACAACGCAGAGCUCAUUAUUGAGGGCGCGUUGACAAAAGUGCAGCCGUUUGGCAGUGCCAGCCGAACACGAUGGUUCCGGUUGACGACGAAGAAGUUUGCGUAUUUCGAGAGCGAGGGCGGGGAGGAGCUGGGGGCGGCGCAACUCGACAUUAUCGUUGAGAUUGUCAUUCUCGCCAGCGACCGCGAGUUUGUGCUCUCAACACUGCAGCCGUUCACCAAAUCGGGUGCAUACGAGGUGCGGUGCCGGUGCGAGUCUGCAGAUGUGCGGGACAAGUGGAUCACGGGCUUGAGGAAGGCCGCGCCAACAGCAAAGUUUGUCGAAUGCAGGAAGUGA